AUGGUUGUUACUGUGGGCAAAUUUCGAUUGCUUUUUUUCAUGCUCAUAAUAGCGGGAUGGGCUGCUGCUCCGGUACAAUUUUUGAUGGAAGGACAAAAACUAUUGACACCCAGCUUUGUUUUUGCGGCCGGUAAUGUGAUAAUCCUUACAAUCAUAUUCCUAAAUAGGCGGAUGGCAAGACCACAUACAGCAGAAGAAGAAUUAUCCAUGGAAACUGAAAAGGCAAAUUUAACUCAUUUUAUUGGAGAUAGGAAAGAAGAAUUAUCCAUGGAAACUGAAAAAGCAACCUUAACUCAUUUUACUGGAGAUAGGAAAGUGAUUAUAGAAAAAGCUCAGAUUUUGACAAGGAAGAAGGACUUCCUACACCUUAUCUUGUCAUACCCUAUGAAACCAGAACCAGAUGAAGAUUUUUUUAACCCUGUAUUUCUCAGGAGGCGAUUUUCCGAUAUGAAUCAAUUACGAAGAGAAAUAAAAGCUUUGCUACUAGAUGACAUAUGUGAGGAACAUGAACAUGAAUUAGAAGAGAAGAUGAUUUUUCUUAUUCGUGAGGUCGAAAGAAUGUUCGAUAGAUAUGAUUUUCAUGCGGUGGCUUAUUUACCUCAAGAAGCUGAUGUUAUCACUGCAAGGCCAGAUAAGAGUUUGACACACAAAAUUGAGGUUGGGUUAACGUGUCAAACGCGUGCUAAAUUUGAAGCGCCGGAUGAAAUGUUGGAAUUGGCUAUCGAUUCUGCUAUUCGCCAGGUCUCCAAAUGCUUUCAGGAUGGAAUACUUCGAAAGAUUGGGAUUUCAGGGAGAGCAGGGGAGGAAGUAGCAAAAGCACUGAAAGAUAUACCAAUGAUGCAAUCCAAGUGCAGUGUCAUCCUCUGUAUCUCUGUCUCAAGAUAUCAUAGCACCAAAGAGGUUUUGCAGAACAUUGCUAAACAGAGUAACAAACUUCCUCCAAUUUAUGGCAUUUCGAUUUUGGAGGAAUAUCUAUUUCAAUUCCCACAUGACGACUUCUUGCUGCUUUUGGAUUGUUCGGAUGGGCCAGUAGACAGUCUAUACAACAUAAAAAUCCCUGAUCAUGCAUUCGUAGUUCUCACAACUCAAUCUCAAGAAGUUUAUGAGAUAAUGAAUGUGGAUCUAGAGAUCACAAUGGAUGAUCAUCUGUUACCUUGGAAUCUAUUCUGUCGGAAUGUGGGCUCAUCACUUGUUCUUUCUUCUUCUGCUAUCCAACAAAUGGCCAUCCCGUUAGUGAAAGAAUGCCACGGUCACCUACUUGCAAUCGUUCUUCUUGCAAGGGCCUUGAAAGGUGUGACUAAUAUUGGUGUGUGGGAACUUGUACUCCACCAAUUAACAUCACAGUCCUCUGAAGUCAUGGUUCAUGCGUUAAAACUCGUUUGGGAUCAGAAGGGCAUCAUAACAAAACAUUGCAUUAAAUUUUGUGCACAGAACUUGGGAUUUCAAGAUUCACCAGUAUCAAGUUGGAUCUCAAAUAGUUUAGUAGGAAAACGUGAAGAAGGAGUAGCUAUUUUUGAAGAUCUUAUUGAUUUCUUCUUGCUAGAGAAUGUUGGGGUAAAUGAUGUCCGGAUGCGAAAGGAAACUAAAAAUGUACUGCAAAAGUAUUUUAUACCCUAUCUACCAAGCCUUUAUCUAAAGCAAGGGGGACUAGGAUUGGUUGAGACACCAAAGAUUGAAGAGUGGAAUAAUGAUAAAGAGAUUUACUUGAUGGAUAAUAAAUUAUCCAAGCUUCCAGAGAACCCCAAGUGCCCAAUCCUCACAAAGUUGUGGUUACAUAAGAACUAUGAAAAUUAUGACUUGAUGGAAAUUCCUCGAUUAUUUUUUGAAGACAUGCCUCUCCUACAUUCGCUAGAUUUGUCCUACACUAGCAUAAAGUCUUUGCCACCUUCUAUUUCCAUGUUGGUUUUACUUCACACAUUCCGUUUGAAAGGUUGUGAACUUCUCAUGGAGCUGCCUCCUCAAAUUGGAGAACUUGGGAAGCUUGAGGAAUUUGAUCUUGAAGGAACUGAAUUAAUGUAUUUACCCAAAGAAAUUGGACAAUUAAUCAGAUUGAAGUGCUUCGGGUCUCUUUUUGUGGAUGUGCAAACCGCUACAAAGAAUUUAAGCAGAUGGAUUCAAUAAUCCCAACAAAGGUGUUGUCAAAACUCUCUGAAUUGAAUGAAUUAAGCAUUGAUGUGAAUCCAAAUGCCGACCAGUGGGAUGUUGAUGUGUCGGAUGCUAAUGUGAAGGAAAUACUGAAUGAAUUGAGUAGCUUACAAAAGUUGAAAAUAUUCAGGUUGUAUCUGCCAUCAGUUGAAUCACUGCAGCAACUUAGAUGGAAUAACAAACAAGUUAUGUAUCCAGAUUUGUCUCAAUUUGGAUUCACUGUUGGCCAUCAUCCAUGGCGAAUCAUAUUCCGUCUACCACAUGAAGUUGGGGAAUUAGUCAAGAAAUGGGAAAAAUCAAAGAAAUGCCUCAAAUAUAUAAAUGGUGAGGGCAAGCCUAGUGGGAUUACCGAGGCACUCCAGCACGCCUCUGUUUUUUUCCUUGAUCGCCAUUAUACUGCUAAGACGUUGUCUGAAUUCGGGAAUGAAAAUAUGGUUCAACUCAAAUUUUGCUUGCUAGUGGAAUGCAAUGAAUUUCAAACCAUUAUUGGAGAUAGUGAAUAUCGGUGGGGGGUUGAUAACAAACUUGUGUUUAGACGGCUACAAUACUUGGGUAUUCAUUACAUGAAGAAUUUACGAAGUAUUUGGAAAGGCCAAAUUGAUAAGGGUUGUCUAUCCAAUCUGAGGUACUUGGCAUUGCACACAUGUCCCAAUUUGAUUACUAUUUUCACCCCAAAUUUGCUUGGUAAUCUCAUCAAGUUGGAAGAACUUAUAGUUGAAGAUUGCUUCAAAGUCAGGAGCCUAGUAAGUCAGGAAUUGUCGGACUUCAAAUCCUCUGGUCAUGUUCUCCAAAACUUGAAGAAGAUGUCACUUCUUGACUUACCUGAAUUGGUUACUAUUUCUGGCGGCCUAAGUAUUGGUCCAGUAUUAGAAAGUCUGAUUGUUUAUAAUUGUCCAAAGCUCAUAAGUCUGCAUGCCAUGGAAGUGUCUGGUGAUAAUUUGAAGAUCAAAGGAGAAAGAGAGUGGUGGGAUGCAUUAAAGUGGAGGAACAUAACUUGUCCAGCUUAUAAGGAAUAUGAAAUUGAUGACGAUUCGAUGGGCCCAUUAGCUAAAGAUGUAUAUUCGCACUAACCUGGAGCAAAUGGUCUUCAACAGUCAGGUUAUGAAAGCCUCAUGAAGGCCCCUGUGGCAGGAGAUUGGGACAAUCGAUCCAAAGGUGUUUAGGAGCUCAAGCUUAGGACUUGUAGAUGUAAUUACUAAUAAAUCUUCAGAGAAAACUGAUCAGAUUAAAACUCCAUAGCUUGUAGGCUAGUUUCUUUGUAUUAUUGCUGCUUGCCUUAAUGUUUUUAAAUACAAUAUUGGGAUGCGAUGCUUUAUCUACUUUUUAUCUCCUUGUGU